CUCCUUGGGCUAUGUUUUACAUUAACGCGAAAGCUAAAAUAUCUCUUCGAGUUUAUCAUUCCUUUCGCUCGCGUUUGCUCGAGAAACGCCGGAUAAUAAUGACUCGCAUAGACUUUGCAAUAAUUCCACUGGAAAAUCGCGAAUCGUGGAAACUGGAAACGUACAUUUAUUAGUAAAUAUGAGAUUAUAAGAAAAGCGAGACAUUGAAUGCAUAACGUUCACUUUUGUUAGUGAAUAUACUGCCUGGAAUUCAAUAAAUGUAAUUAAAUUAAAAGAUUACUGUGUGUAGAAGUAUCGAAAAAUAAUUUUAAUGUCUACGGAUUUCAAUCGGAACGCCUGAUGAAGAUAAUGGCUACCUUUAUUGAUUGUAAAUAACGAACUUUUAUGCACGUUAUUAAAGGUAUUAUUAACUUUGAGCCCGCGUACUUUUACUAGUGAAACUAAUAUACGCGUUGCGUUAAUAAUUUGUUCACGCUUUUACUAUACGAGCUUGUCGUUCGUAAUCAUCUCGCGAUCUUGGCGAAGAUAUCGAUCGCUCCUUCAUUUAAAAAUCAAGCCAACCAUAGCCCAAGUGAUCGUUAAAUCACUAAUGAGUGUAACAAUGAUUUGCGAGUAGAAAAGUUUAGAAGACGCUGUUUUAAUGAUUAGUGUCUCAAACGGCGCAUCACGUCGAGAGCCGAAGAGCGUCGAUGAGGGAUAGACACACGAGCACGUAAUUGUAGGCGCGGCGAAGAUGCCUCCGACCGUGCCUUUUCCAUUUGUCGAGGCAGCCAGCGUCGAAGCAUCUUAUACCGUUCGUCCUCGUGGGCAUUCCAAGCGGGAAUUCUCGAAAGCCAGUUGUGCCGUAGAAACACGCGUCGCGGACUGCCGCUCGCCUGCGACUUUCGAGUGCUCAUAAAACCGCCGUUUUCUCGCUUUGCGCCGCUUUCGUGUGCACCGAAUUUUCUUGCCAACGGACCACCGACGAAUACCAAAGUGCCGUAAACCACUUGACCCCGACGCCCUCAGGUACCAGCGGUCAAAUUCCGGAAAGCACCACGGCUCAAAAGGGAAUAUUCCAUCAGAGAAAAAUGCCUCUUUAUGCCGUUUGAAACGCCCCCCAUCUGGCUAAUCGAUUCAGCACAUUAACGGAAACGUGAUCGGGGCUAUUAAAUCGAUCGGAGGGCGACGCAGCGAUUUUCACCGUCGACACGUUCAGGAGGCGGAUUGUGUUCGAUUUUGCAAAUCCAACGAGAAUUCGUGACUACGAUCGACAGCCAUGGAGAAACAGGAGCGGCUUCGGGCCACGCCUCGCUGACUCCAGAUACACUUUAGAAAGGCGAAUCACUUCGACGAGCAAAAAACCUCUCCAACGCCCUUCACUUUUCACAGGAAAAACGGAUUCCGCGAUGCCUCCGCGAUCCUACCGUGAACGUUACGGGCAAUCGAAUCGUCCGACAGCGAUCGACUUCCACUUGCGGAGUUCUAAGACACCGCCUAAGAAAAUAUUGAAUAUUGCCCAGGAGGAUGGACGUUGAAACCGGGGCCAUAUUGGCCCUGCAAAUAUUGGCACUGUGUUCGAUCGUCGCCGCCCUGUUGGCCUAUCUAAUGCGGCAAUCGAGGAACGCCACCGACGAGUACGAGUCCCGUAACAAACGCCACGUGCUCGUUACCAGCUGCGACACUUGCGUAGGCCUGCAGAUCGCCCUUGCGCUCUACGAAGUUGGUUACAAGGUGUUCGCCGGUCUGCUGGAUCCCACGGGCAAUUCGCCAUCGAUCAAGAUCCUGCGAGCGAUGGAGCAGCAGAGAGAGCGAGAGGAGGAUCCAACGAACGCGGGGCGAGGCAAUCCGCAGGAUCCGGAAGUACGUGCUCGCGGCCAAAUCGUGCCAUUGGAGCUGGACUCGACGAGAGAGGACAGUUUACGCGCUUGUUUGGACGCAGUUAGAGCAAAACUUCCGGCUGGCGAGGAAGGUCUCUGGGCAGUUGUGCACACCGGCGGCUUGGCUCUUCCUGGUAUUAUAGAGAGACAGCCGAGUUCCGCGUGGGAAUCCAUGUUGAGACACAACUUGGUCGCCCCGCUUAGAACCGCCAGGGUGUUCACUCCUCUUCUACGCGCCAAAAGAGGUCGCAUCGUUCUAUUCGGCGAUUCCACGAUGAGCUACGGGACCAAAGCUGGAACAGGACUGGUGGCGUACAGCGCCUCGCGAAAGGCCGUGGAGGGUGCUGCUGAGGCAUUAAAGAGCGAGCUUCAGUCCUCCGGAGUCGACGUCGUUCUUCUUAAACCGCCACCAGUGAAUCCUCUUAUUCUAUAUAGCGCGCCCGUUCUCAAGACGUCCGACGUGGAAUCUGGCGUAGUGUCAUCUGAAGGAACGUGGACAGCUCCUGUGUCGACCCACUCCAUUCAGAGCUCAUUAAUCCCAGCACUUACGUCACCCUGUCCACGUAGCUUUUACGACAUGGCGUCUAAAUCGCGACUUUUCUGUCGUUGAAUCAACCCUUGAAAGGCGAACGCUGACGAAGGAAGCGUAUCGUUACAUGGAAGACUUAAUUAAUAUCGUGUUAGGUUACGAUCAGCCAGUAAUACUUCGUAAGAACGAUGGUUACGGAGCCACGUUGACUUAACAUUAAUUAAUCCACCUCUGGACGCGUCGAUAAUCGUCUGGCAAUAUUAACACCUUUCAUAUUAAAAUCAUUACUUCAUCUGAGAUUCUUAUCGUUCUAGGCGAAUCGACACGUCAGAGGUCUAAGAUUUUAAGAAUAUGUACAGUU